AUGCCGACUAAUCUCCCCUCGAGCUUUGCCUCGGCUGCCGCUGGUCAGAACACCACCAGUGCUAGAGGAGCAAGGAUUGAUGUAAGGGGAAAUACUUCUGGAGACUGGGCUAGAAGAGAUGGUCGUUCCGCUAAUGGUACACUCACCUUCCGUCGGUCAUCUACAACUCCCAUCGGCCAGCCAUCAUCUCAGCCGCCGCCCUCAACGGAUCAUGCAGUUCAGCCCCCCGCUACUGCCGAGAGUCCUGUGACUGCGUCCGACUCGACAUACGAGCUGCCCCCCGCGCGAUACACAAAGGAGGAGCUCAUUGACAUUUACCGCUCACAAAAACCGGCCGUCGAUGUGUCUCACCUCCUCGCCCCAGGAUGGAAUCCUGGACAAGUGAAUGGGCAUGCUCCCAGAGGCUGGGGCAAACCUAAUGACAAUCAUAUCCCGCAGGAGCCUGGUGCCUGCUGGGAUGAUUCUGGCGAUUCGACUCCCAUGGGAUUGCAGGAUAUGUCGAUGGAGGAGAGAGAGGUUUUUAAUACUGAUAUUAAUUCGCCGCUUAAACCUCCGACCCAAAACAAAGACGCCCACCAAAGUGGUGCCAACGGACGUAAAGCAUCUUUAUCCCAAGGCACUUCCAACACUUUUGGUGUCAGUUCACCCUCAUCGGCCACACGACCCGGUACACGACGACGUGAGACAAUUGAAUCGAACCCGUUUGGUGGGAGCGCUUUGGCAUCUCCCACUGCUGCUGGCCGCUUCAACCGUGACGACCCACCGCUCUGGUUUCCACGUAGCAAAACCGACCUCAAGGACGCUGAAGGCGACGAAUCCGACGGUGAACCUGUUUCCCGUGAGGCUCCUGGAAAGCUGCCCCCAUUCGGCAAUUUGAUGCGCUCCAACACAGGUGGUAUUGGGGGUGUUGGUUCCAUUUGGCCACCUUCUAACCAGACAACGCCUGGUGCAGGAGGAUUCGGCAACUUCGCACUGACAGGCUCGCCUGCCGUUGGUGAUAAACGUGUUGGCGGUGCUGCUAGUGGAAGCAGGCUGGCUCAUCUAAUUCCCAAGGACAGUUCGGAUAACCUGAGUGGCAAGGCUGCCGAGGGUCAAAGCCCUCUUAACCAGUCAUCUUGGCGAUCUCGCCCACGAACCGACACUGAUCCUUUCGGAGACGAAACUUUAUCAGGCAGCGCGGUACUCAGCGGCGCACCGGACACUGACACUGCCGGCUUGCAAAAUAAUCCAGCAGGUGCAAUGGGUACACCCAUCAAGGGCUCUGCAGCCGAUUUUGGCAUGUCAGGCCUUAGCCUUGCUGGCCAUGGCGAUGACGGUCCUCUGAGCCCUUCCGAGACGAAUCCCUACCGUAGCCCUCCAGCCGACCGUCAUGGCCACGACGGCGAUGGCAACGAGGACAAAUCUCAUGGCGCGGGUCUCCACGAUGCGCCUUCGAACUUUGGCUCUAUUGGUCGCGGCUUUGGUGGUUAUGAUGGAGGAGAUCGUAGUCAGACCUCCAGCGUGGGUGCCAAGGCUUACCCUUCGCUGAAUACCUUGUCAGGUUGGCCCGCACCUGGUGGUCCUGCUAUCGGGACUCCGGAUCGCGAACGACCCAACCUGGGCGCUGUGUUCGGAAAUUCUCUUUUCAGUCCUAUGGGGGAGCUUCAGUCGCCUGGGCUAUCAAACCUCAACAAUGUCUUCGGCCCUGCUAGCGCCGGUGGCCUUGGGACUGGAAGUAUCGGCCGUGGUAGUAAGAUGGGUUCUCUGUUUCCUGCCGCCAUGCAGGCACAGAUGCAGACUCAUGAACAUGACAAUAAUCUGUCUGAUUCUCUGCCCGACCUUCGCCAGAGCAAUCCUUUGGGUGCUAUUGGCCGGAGCAACUUUGGUAUUCCAACCCGCGACACCGAGAGCCCAAUGCGACCUAAUCGUGGAGUUUUUGAGGAACUGUUCCCUUCUAGUGACGCCUCGCGAGCUCAAGGUGUUUUCACCACUGGUGAUUCCAGCCAUCCUACCUCUGCCGCAACAGCUCCUCAGUCUUUCACUCCUAUUGGUGGUGGUUUGCCUUUUGGAGGUAGCCAAGGUGGCGCCGAGCCCCCUUCUGCACAAGUUCGACAGAUGGUUAUGCCGGAUCGUAUGAGAUGGGUUUAUUUGGAUCCUCAAGGACAGGUUCAAGGCCCCUUCACUGGUCUGGAAAUGAACGACUGGUAUAAGGCAAACUUCUUUACGCCUGACCUUCGUGUCAAGAAAGUGGAAGACCCAGAAUUCGAGCCCCUAGGCCAACUCAUCAGGCGUAUUGGGAAUUCGCGUGAGCCCUUUUUGGUGCCUCAGAUCGGCAUUCCCCACGGUCCUCCUGCGCAGCCUGGACCAUUCCCUUCUCAGGGGAACAGUGGUGUGGUUCCACCUCUGAGCGGUGUGUUCCCUAGUUUUGGACGUACCUUGACUGCUGAGGAACAGAACAACCUGGAGAGACGCAAACAGGAAGAGCAGUAUCUCAUGGUUCAGCAGCGAGAAUACGUGAUGCGCGCUCAGGCCAUGAACAAAUUCCCUAUCCCUGGUCAAAUGCUGCAGCACCACUCUAGUGCUCACAGCCUCCAGAGCCAGCCAAGCUUCGGAAGUAUUUCGUCCCCCAAUCCCAUCGGAAUGCCAACCCAUCAGCAACCAAUCGGCGCUAUGCCUCCCUCUGGUAGCUUCUUUGAAGGAGCUGGGCCGGUAGGCAGCCAGCCAUCUGCCCCCUCUGGGUCGGGAAACGGAGACCCCUUCAGGGAUGAUGAUUUGACUGGCUUUGCGAACACUGAGCGUCAGGUGCUUGCUAAUCUCCAGAGCUCUGGUGCUCCUCAACCCAUUGGAGCCCCUGCUGCCGAGACUGGCGCACGCGCUGGACUACCCGAGACCGAGAACCUCGAGCAAGAUCCCGAAGGAUUCAAGCAACGUCUGCAGGAGUUCGAGCAAUAUCAAGCUCAGAUUGAGGCUGAACAGGCUGCCAAGGCCGCAGAGGGUAGCGAGGAGGAGCCAUUUGAAGAGCUGUCCCCUGCCGAUGAUGCUGCUCCUGAGGAGGACGAGCGACGUGCGGAGGCCCCGGUUCUGACUGGCAAAGCUGCGCGAGCCGCCAAGAAGAAGGCAGCUGAGGAUGCUUUAUCUCUAACUCAACAGGUCCAGCAAACCCAGGCUGCUGCUGCUGCGGCCGCUGCUCAGCCGGUCGAGCCCGAUAUGCCGAUGCCAUUCCCUCCUCCCGCCUCCACUGGAACCCCUCUUCCCGCCCCGACUGCCCAACGAGCUCGCUCGAAUCUCCCUGAACAGUACAACCGUUCUCAGACCGGAACCCCUGACAGUGCUUCCGUUAAUGCCCAGCCACCACCCCUAGCACCUUGGGCUAAGGAUCACGGAGCUGAGGCUCACAAGGGCCCCAGUCUGAAGGAGAUCCAAGAGGCCGAAGCUCGCAAAGCAGCUAAGGCCGAGGAGGCCGCCGCUGCUCAAAGGAAGGCUAUCCUCGAGCAAGAACUUAGGGAGCGCGAGAAGACAGCCGCUGCUACUAACGCCGGUCUACCUGCCACUAGCACUUGGGGUCACGGCUCCCCUGCCCCGGCUGGUAGCCCUUGGUCCAAGCCUGGCCCGUCUAAAACUACUUCUGCUGCGCCCACAACUUCAGCCUCCAGCAAGAAGACACUUGCCGAGAUUCAACGUGAGGAAGAGCUUCGUAAGCAGAAAGCCAGCCAAGCAAGCUCCCAGGCCGGUACACCUACCAGCGUAUCCAAGAGCUACGCCAACCUUGCCGGCAAGCCAGGCCAAUCCACUCUGACUAACGCUGCGUCUGCUGCGGCCGCGGCUGCUGCCGCCGCUACGGCUCCUCCCCCUGGGAGCGGCUGGGCCACUGUCGGCGCCGGUGGUAAGGUGAAAGUUCCUACCGGUCCGUCGUCCCAAAGUCGAUCAGUCAGCGCCACCAACAUCAAGCCUAUCACUUCGCCUACAAAGCCAAUGUCUAAGCCAGUUGUUUCGGGUAAUGGCAAGGCUGAUACUGGUAAUGCUGCCACGGAGGAGUUCAAUAAGUGGGUUGGCCGGGAGCUUUCUAGGGGUAUCACUGCUCCCAUUGAUAUCGCCAACUUCCAGUCUGCUCUCGAUAUUCUACCUCUCGAUACUAGUUUGAUCGCUGAUGCUGUUUACGCCAACUCAACCACCAUGGACGGCCGUCACUUCGCUGAAGAGUUCGUCCGCCGCAAGAGGCUUGCUGAACGCGGAGUUGUCGAGAAGCAGCCCGAUAACAAGGGAGGAAACGGUGGCGGCUGGAGCGAAGUCGCUAAGAAGGGAGGUCCCAGCAACUCUGCCACCGCCGCCGCUGCUGCUACCAGCCCUCGUGACGAUCCCAGCAUGCAGGCCGCCGGCUUUAAGGUUGUACCUGGCCGAAAGAAGGGCAAGAAAUAG